AUGGAUACUGGUAUUGUCGCCAUUUCUGGACUUCCAACUAGCAGCAAACCAGGGCCACCUAAACUCAAUGGAUUUAUUGGAACCGGAGUCGAACCCAAAACACUGAAAUCCCCUACUAAUGGAUUUGUAGUGAACGCAGUUAUAAGCAAUGUGAUCAAUGUUCGUGCAUCGGAUAAUGUGCUAAAUACCCCUUCAGGCGGGUCUAGUAGAACUGAACAAUGUGCCAACUCUGUAGCUGUUCCGAGUGAUUCACCCUCUACCAGCCUGGGUGCCGGAGAUAGUAAUAAUAAUGUUGACGGAAGCGAUGGAACUGCAGGGGAAAAGAAAGAAAGGAAAUUCCGUCCCCGUCGAAGACGUUUCAGGUACAUCAUUGUCAAUAUAGACCAAGUUAAUAAUAUCUUUUAA